GCGGGGGGGUGCGGGGAGCUGCGGGGAUGGAGGAGAGGGAGCGGCUGUGGAGGAAGAUCCGGCUGCUGCAGGGUCUCAUCAAUGACCACAAGAACACACAUGGGGAUGCGCCGCUGCCAUCCCAACCACCGAGGUGGAACCCCUCCCGGCAGCCUCCCUUCAGCAGGAGGGGGGCAUUUUUGGCCAGGUACCCCCAGCAAGCUCCAGCAAGGGAUUUCCAGCAGCACCAAGGUCAUUCCUGGAGGAAAAAGUAUUCCCUUGUGAACCGGCCACCAGGAGCAACGUGUGAUGUUGGGAGUCGUGGAAGUGCCAGCACAUCUCAGGCUUUUGGAGGCUAUGGGGGCAACCAGGCCUCUGAGCCACCAGAAUCAUCUCCAGAGAGACAUGUGGACCUAACCACUGAUGGUAACAUAGUUGUGGGGAUCCAGCUGCCCCACAGGGCUGCGCAGUUUGGAGAGUCCAAAUCUUUCCCUGAUGUUGGUUCUUGCUGCAAGCUGGAAACGAUGGUCACAGCUUCAGGUGACAGGAAAUGGGUGCCAGAAUCUCCAUCUGUGAGCCAAACUGAAGGGAGGAGGCCUUCUCUCUCUGUUUCCUUCACUUCAUCUCACAGGUUUGUGAGUUCAGCCUAUGUGAGUGAGGCAGAUGAGCCCAGAACAGUGCUUACAGCUGGUGACAUGGUGGGGAGCUCCCCAGUUUCCUCUGGAAACACCAGUGAAAGCGCUGUGACUCUGAAAUCAGAACCUCAGCAGCUUCCAGUGUUGCCAGACCGUGACCCAGCUCAGUGCUUGGUGUGGAAGAAGACAGAACCACCAGCUCCAGGGCAGUCCGGUUGUGAGCAAGACAGGGAUGCUACCAGAAAGACAAAGCUCCUGGGAAGCAGUGAGCCUUGCUCCAGACCUGCUGUGACUUCAGUGGUUGGGAUGACUCCAGUGAAGGGCAGGUUUUCCACAGUCCCCAAAGCUGUUGGUCACCUAAGAGCUGCCUCAACCCCCAUCUCCAGCAAAGCUCCAAAGUUCAGGAAAGCCAAUUACACGUGGGUUGCAAACCCUGGUAAAUGCUCUCGUGCUGUGAAGAGGUGGGUGAGCCCUAGAGCUUCAGAAGGUGCUAAGAGGGUCACUGGUGGAGCAGACAGAGGUGCUAAAGUGUCACCCAAAGCAGACUUGGGAGCAAAGGUGAAGAAAUCAGGACUUCAGGCCAAGCUGGGGGUCUCUCCCAGCAAAUACAAGUGGAAAGCCACCAGCUUGCAGACCUCACCCUCCACCUCCAAAUCAGCAUUCAGGUGGCGAUCAGAGGAUCAGCAGAAGCCUCCAGCCCCCAACCUGCCUCUAGCCAGUGCUGUCCCCCCACCUCUGAGUGCUGCAUCUGUUGGACUUGGUGGGGUGAAGUCCUCCUUUGGUGACACCACGUUGUCCAGUUACAAAGUAAAGAGUCGGACCAAAAUCAUCAAGAGAAAAGGCAGCUUGGGCUUCCCAACAGAUAAGAAGAGCAGCUUCUCACCCGCCACGCCUCUGAGGAGCCACUUCCACCUCAGGAAGAAGAACUCCUUGAAGGGCAAACCUUCUGUGACAUCAAAGCGUUCCUCACCCAGGGGCCUGGUGCACGUCACCAAGCACAGGCUCUGCAGGCUGCCAGCCACCAGGAUGCAGGCCUCCACCAAGGAAGGAGCCAACUUGCACUUCCUCAGGAGCCCCCCAGCCAACAAGGUGAUAAAGACCCGUUACAGGAUAGUGAAGAAGAACGUGGUGCCUGCAACCUCAUCGCCUUUCAGCAGCCCCAUUCCCAACUGGAAGAUGAGGCGCCCCGCGACAUCCAGAUCCCCACUAUCAAUCCAAGCUCGCCCAUCAUCUCAUGGAGGCAAGUCCCAGCACGUGCAGCAGAGAUGGAGGAGCAAAGGCUACCGCUGCAUCGGCGGUGUGAUGUACCGCGUGUCGGCCAAUAAGCUCUCCAAGACUUCCAGCACCCCUGUUCGGGGCAGAGACCUGAGCACCAAGAGCCCUGGUAGAGCAGCAGGGCGGUUGCAGUGUACACCCAGUGCUGGCUUCUCUCCAUCCAGCUGCCUGAACAGAUCAGCCACGAGCCGAUACAUCGCCAGCCGUGCUGUUCAGCGGAGUUUGGCCAUCAUCCGUCAAGCCAAGCAGAAGAAAAAGAAGAAGGAAUACUGUAUGUACUACAACCGCUUCGGCAAGUGUAACCGGGGAGACAGCUGCCCCUACAUCCAUGAUCCAGACAAGGUGGCCGUCUGCACCAGGUUUCUCCGUGGCACUUGCAAGAAGACGGAUGGGACCUGUUCCUUUUCCCACAAGGUGUCCAAAGACAAGAUGCCGGUGUGCUCCUACUUCUUGAAGGGGAUCUGCAGCAACAGCAACUGCCCCUACAGCCACGUCUACGUGUCCAGGAAGGCAGAAGUGUGCCAGGAUUUCCUCAAAGGCUAUUGUCCCAUGGGAGAAAAGUGCAAGAAGAAGCACACCUUGGUUUGCCCUGACUUUGCCAAGAACGGGGUUUGCCCCAAGGGUGCCCGGUGCAAGCUGCUGCACCCACAGAAGAGACGUCGCCCAAGAGAAGGAGAAGAUGGGGAACGCAGUGCCCCCCCCUCCAAGUGGAGACAGGUCUCAAAGGAGACAGGCAGGAAUGAUGCAGCUCAGCUCCACGAUGAUGGGGAAGUGCCUGGACCCUCCAGUGUGGAGAAAGAGGUGAAGUUUUGGAAGGAAGCAAACACCUCCCCAGCCAGCUGGCCACAGAAGCUGCCGUCCUUCAUCUCCCUCCAGUCCCCAGAAUCCCCCAGUGACCAGAGCUGCAAAGUGAAGGAGGAGGAGGAGCCAGAGGAAGAGCCAGUCAGCACCAGAAGGAAGAGGACUUUGCAGCCAGUAUCCCUGGGGGACUCUGAAAACACCUGCCCAAAGGAGGGUGGCAGAGGCAAACGGCUGCAGAUCAAGCCCAGGCUGUGAACAGGAACCCAACCCAACAGCAUCCAACCAGCUCAGGAACCGCAGAGCCGGGCACGACCCGGCCCCUACCUCAGGACGCCGCGGCCACACGCGGCACCUUCUUCUCUUCUUGCUCUUUGGGGACGUUGUCAUGGCAGGGAAUGGGGUGGCAGCACUGGGGCAGCAUCACCCCCCCCCUGCAGCUUCAUUGGGAGUGUUUAAGUUGCCAAUAAAUGAUCCAGUUUAGUGAAGGUGAAACCUGCUCUGGGCUCUUUGGAUGCUCACAGGGUUGGGAAGAGGCCCCCAUCCCCAUCAGUGCUCCUGCAGAUCACAGCUCUGCUGCUGUACAGGACAUGAGGUGAUUGUGCCAUCAUGCAGUGUGCCCCUGUCCAGGUCAGCCACUCCGCUGGCAACAAGCAUGUCCGGUGGUCCCAAGUCAUCACCGCACUGGGAUGUAACAGGGCACAAAGCCCUCACAGAACUCCAGUCUCUCCAUGCCACCUGCGUCCAUCCUGCUCCAUCCCUUUGCUGUUGGGAGGGGAUUUCUUGGAGCAGAGCCAUGUGCCGAGAGCAUCCCAAGUGGAAAUGUGUUGGGAGCAGCACUGAGCUCACAUCAAAGGCUCCUGCAGCGUGUCAGGGUCCCCAUGGCUGGUUGUACCCUGAUCCCACCUCUCCCCAUCCCAGAAGGGGUUUGGUUUCCCUUGGGAGACCCAACCCAGUGUUCUGGGUCCCUCCAAAUCCAAGCAGGAGCAGAACAUGGGAAGAGCAUUGUGCAGAGCCAUGUGCUGGCCAUGCAGCUGCUGGUACAAUGGGGUUUGCAUCCAUGGGUACAAUCUCCACCUGGAUUUUUGGGCAGUGGAUGCUGUUCCCACAUGGUUCUAGGCCCAACAGCAGGAUUACGAGGUGCUGAGAGCCAUGUGCAGUGGCAGGAUUUGCCCAUCCCCUGCCCCUCCAUCACAUCACCUGCAGGGAAAGGCAUCAACAAGGACAUAGGUGAGCACUGGGGACCCAGCACCCAGCUAGGCUUGGUGAUGGGGUGGGUGAUGGAGCCACCACGAUGCCUUGGGCUCAGCUGCACCAUGGAUACAGCAAUGGGCUGAUGGCUGCAGUUUCACCCCUGGGGACCC